GAUGUCGAGCAGUCCGUUUCCCUACACGUGCGAGCUGUGCGGGGCGGAGGGUCUGACGGACGAGGGCAUGCGGGCUCACACGCUGGAGGCGCACGUGGCGGGCCGCCCCGACUGCCCCUUCUGCGGCUGCUCCGUGCCGCACGCCCAGCUCGUGGCCCACGUGCAGCGCGUGCACUUGCAUUAUCUUACGCCCGAGAGGGAGCUAAUGGCCUUUAUUGAUGACCAAAGCCCUAGUUUCGAUGAGGAUUCUAAAAUGACAACAACCGACAGCUGUAGUUACAACACGCCGGGCUCCAUCAACGGGUGGCACAGCCCCGAUGUGGCCGGCGCGCCAUGCCACAACGGCGCCAUCGCGAAGAACUCCAACUACCAUAACGGCUACUACGAUAAGGAGAACUGCCACAGGAGCGAAAAGGACGACGAUAUAUGCUCGCGCUCCCCCAACAAUACUAAUCUAUGUAAUGGACUGAAGAACAUUAAUAUAAAUAAUGGGGUGAUACCGAAAAAAAAUCAUAGCAGAGAGAAUUCAAGCGACAGCGAAAUUAUGAAUGGUCACGACAAGAAGGGCAUGAAUAACAGUCCCAGUCAUAACGUAGAUAAUUAUGAAGGUUCUCCGAAUAAAAAUAAGUUGUCAAUGGCGAGCGCUGGUCAAGGAUCGCCGCUUCGAUCACAACUGGCACUGAAGCUCAAAGCUAACACUCCUAAAAAGACACCACCAACGCCAAGUCCAACUGUUCAGUGCUUGUUAUGUGAUUUCAAAUCGACAUGUCCGAGGAAGCUCGAGGAACAUAUAAACAGGGCUCAUUUCGAUCUGACAUCACCCUCUCUACUCUCAAAUGCUAAUGACAAUGCAAACAUCACUGAGAACAUAACCCUGGGGAUGAACAAUGCAACUAUAACGCUGGACAACCCCACGUUAGCUCUGAGUGCGAUGGCCAUGUCUCCAGGACCGCAUUCCUCCACAUUUCAAUGUCCGAUAUGUGAAAAGGAGUAUGCAAGCGGUCCGGAGGUGGAAGUGCAUGUUAAUGUUGAACACAGAGAUAUUCUUAGCCCACAAAAAUCUGAGCAGCUUGACAAUGCAUCCUGCGAGGAUGUGGUGAUGAUGGAGGAGAGCCCCGUCAGCAACUGCCCCGUCUGCUGCCAGCCGCUGCCCCUCUCCGAACACGAACUGAUACAGCACAUUGAGGAGCAUUUUGAAAAGGGCGAAGAUGCCGCCAUGUCCACCAUGUCGGCUGCAGAAAGAGAAGCACAGAAGAACAGAGAAGAACAUGAAUUUCAACUCUUGCGAGCGCAGUACGGCAUGGAGGAGGGCGAGGGCGAGGGCGAGGGCGAGGAGGCGUACUCUGCCAGCAAGGUGCUGCAGUCGGUGCGCAUCCCCUAG